UAGGUCUCGCGCCGGCCGGGCCUUGGCUCUCGAGACUUUCUGUCCUCUCCUGGGUGAAGGGACCAUGAUACCCGGUGGAGAUCAGGAACCAGGAAGAUACUAUGUGGGUGUGGACGUUGGAACAGGCAGUGUCCGUGCGGCGCUGGUGGACCAGAGGGGCGUCCUGUUGGCCUUUGCAGCCCAGCCAAUUAACCAGUGGGAGCUUCACUUCAACCACCACGAGCAGUCCUCCGAGGACAUCUGGGCCGCGUGCUGUGUUGUGACAAAGAAAGUUGUACAAGGGAUCGACUUAAACCAAAUUCGAGGGCUUGGGUUUGAUGCCACGUGUUCUCUGGUUGUUUUGGAUAAGCAGUUUCGUCCUCUGGCAGUAAACCAUGAAGGGGAUUCCCAUCGAAACGUCAUCAUGUGGCUGGACCACCGGGCAGUCAGUCAGGUCCACAGGAUCAACGAAACCCAGCACAGCGUCCUGCAGUACGUCGGGGGUGUGAUGUCUGUGGAAAUGCAGGCCCCAAAGCUUCUGUGGCUGAAAGAGAACUUGAGAGAGACUUGCUGGGAGAAGGCGGGACAUUUCUUUGAUCUCCCAGACUUCUUAUCGUGGAAGGCAACAGGUGUCACAGCACGGUCUCUCUGCUCCCUAGUGUGCAAAUGGACAUACUCGGCGGAGAAAGGCUGGGAUGACAGUUUCUGGAAGAUGAUUGGUUUGGAAGACUUUGUUGCAGAUAAUUACAGCAAAAUAGGAAACGAAGUGCUGCCUCCUGGAGCUUCUCUUGGAAAUGGGCUCACACCAGAGGCAGCAAAAGACCUUGGCCUUCCCGCUGGACUUGCAGUGGCAGCCUCCCUCAUUGAUGCCCACGCAGGAGGACUAGGAGUGAUUGGAGCAGAUGUGAGGGGGCACGGCCUCGCCUGUGAGGGACAGCCAGUGACGUCACGGCUGGCCAUUAUCUGUGGAACAUCUUCUUGUCACAUGGGGAUCAGCAAAGACCCGAUAUUUGUACCAGGAGUCUGGGGCCCUUAUUUCUCAGCCAUGGUCCCUGGGUUCUGGCUGAAUGAAGGUGGUCAGAGUGUUACUGGAAAAUUGAUAGACCACAUGGUGCAGGGCCAUGCUGCCUUCCCUGAACUACAAGCCAAGGCCACUGCCAGAUGCCAGAGUGUAUAUGCGUAUUUGAACAGUCACCUGGAUCUGAUUAAGAAGGCUCAGCCCGUGGGUUUCCUCACUGUUGAUUUACAUGUUUGGCCAGAUUUCCAUGGCAACCGGUCUCCCUUAGCAGAUCUGACACUAAAGGGCAUGGUCACCGGACUGAAACUGUCUCAGGACCUCGAUGAUCUUGCCAUUCUCUACCUGGCCACAGUUCAAGCCAUUGCUUCUUAUAGUGGAAUGAAUCGCUUGCACUGAAAUGAAUUCUCCUGGAAAAUCAGAGCUGUAUGAUGCCCAUCCUUCUGAGUCCACGCUAAGAAGUGGACGUGAAGAACAAGGCCACACAGGAUGAGCCGAGGGGUACCAUUACCUGAUGACACUGACUGUUCCCUCUCAUUGACACCCACUCUCUGUGCAGGCACCAAAAAGUGUGCCUUCCCCACCUGUGGCUUAGCACAGUAACCCUGUGAGUCGCUGAGAUGGCCCUCAUUUUACCGACGGGGAAAACAACUAGUGCCUAAUGGAGUCGGAAUUUGAACCUCUAUCCAUCUCACUCCCAGGCUUCUGCUCUUUCCACCUCACCAGGCUGCAUUUUCCUUUGACCUAUUUGUAAAAGCUACAUGGAUGAAAUAAGCUUCCAGGCAUUCCCAAGAACAGCUUUGACUUGACACAUCUUAGGAAACAUUGUUAAAUUGGCCGGGAUCGUCUCACAGAGGUCCCCUUCCUGGUAAGAACAUUGUAGCAGAAGUCCAAGAAUGUAUAAAUGAGGUUCAACUUAAUGCAGGCCCGGAGUAGGGUGCAGCUUUUUCCCAAAUACCACACACUUGGCAAAUCAAUCUUGCAUGUGAUGUGCGUACAUAUAUUAAAAGCUAUCAUAUUUAUUCUGUCCAUUGUCUUAAUGACCUUUGUAAUACCAUGAAGGGAAGGCAAUUUAAGACAGAUUUUUCAGUAAGGCUUUGUUGUGGAGUCAAUUGAAUUGUGAGCAGUUCAGUCUGUUUUGCAAAAGAAUUGGGUAUGCUGAUCUUUUAGGCAAAAAUGUGCAUUUUAAU